AGAAAAAUAUAUAGCAUACGGAACGGAACGGGAACAAAAAUCAAAUUCAAUACUUAAAUUAUUUAAAUUUAGGCAUAAACGCAAGUGGGUGGUUCCCCGGAAAAACCAACCAGUAUGGACGGCGAGAAAGAUAAAAUCAGGGCUGCGAUGUCAGCCCAAACGUCUAUGGGAGUACAACUGCUACCAUCGGCUGGCACGGGGAGGAGCAAUCCUCUCUGCGUGUCGCCAGCGGUCGAACCCCUGGGAUGCCGGGAGCAGGUCAUCUCACUGGUAAAGCUACUGCCAUGACGUCUCAAGCAAAGUUAAGCCGCACGGGUGCCGUUGUUGAAGUAGACUCGGGCUCGAAGAGCGUGCUACACGAAGCCGAAACAAAACAUACGCGCUUUCCUGAACCAGGUUCCAACUCCUCGCGUAGGGAAGGCCCGAAGCGUUCAAGCGAGGGCAUGAAGGCUAAGGCGCAAUACAAGGCAGCCCUCAAGAUCAAGAGCCGGUUCCAAGACAAAGCGGCCCUCUCCCAGGAGGAGAAGGAAAGGCUAACCUGGGCAGAACAAAGGAUUGAGGAAGGAAGGCUGCACUUCGCAAGCAAACCGUCGAUGGCGUCGACGGGCGGAUUUGCGAACAAGGUGGAGGAGAUGCUUGCCAACAAGAGGCAACGCUCACACGAGAGUGCCGCCAAGGACAUUCCAAUGAGCAAGCGGAAACGCGGGCCCAUGGAGGCAGGCCCUCCGUCACCCAAAGUAGCAAGGAAGACCAACAGGAAUGCCAAAGUCAGUGAUGAAGGCAACCGACACCUGAUCGUGGCACUCAUUGACAGGAGCGACGAGUAUGGAAAGAUGACGGAGGCGCGCUGGAAGAUCGUCCAUGCGCGACUCGUUCAGUCUCUCUUUGUACGGAUAGAAGAGGCACCCACAGCCCCCAUGCCCACAUUCGAUGGUGCAGGGUGGUUGAACGGUGUCAAAAUCCUGAAGUGCAACGACGAUCCGACCAGGAAGUGGCUGACGCAAACGGUCUGCCAGCUGGAGGCGUUGUGGGAGGGGGCCAAGCUAGAGGUGGUGGACAGGGAAUUAAUCCCAUCCAUACCGAAGGCGAAAGUGAUCUUCCCUAUCGCAAUUCAAGGGUAUCGGGCGCUAAAGCUGCUUCAACGGCAGAACCCAGACGUCCCAACGGAGAAUUGGAAGAUUCUGCACAUGGCCAGCCCACUACCCAACGAGGGGGGCCAAAGUGUGGUUCUCCAAAUCAACAAGGAGGCGGAGGAUCUGCUGUACCCAAGAUUCGGGAAGAUGGCGUGGGGCAUGGGUAGUGUCUACCUCCGUCUUAGGAAGCGCCACCCGACGACAAAGGCGCACACAUCCUGCAGGCAGGCGAGGUGGAGAAGGACCUAGGUCUGGAAGCCGUCGUGGAUGCCGCCCAGGACAUUGCGGUAGACGACUCGGAGGACGAAGAGGACGGUGACCUGACUGUUAUAGCCAAUCCGUCGAGCGGAGAUGAGCCAGCCACCUAUGACACUGAGGGUGCUGCAGCUCAAUCUCCAUAAAAGCAGACUCGCGUCGGCGGAGCUCCUGAUUGCACGUCGACAUAGCCUUUGUUCAAGAGCCAUGGAUUGCCUUGGGCAAUAUAGUGGCCGGACUAAGGUCCUCCAACUACAAUACAUUCUACUUACCAAUGCUCUGAUGACUUGACUAUUGUGAUGCUAGAAAGCGAGGAGCAGCGCCUCUUGGUAGCCUCCUGCUACAUGGCACACGACAGACCGGUGCCACCAGACGAACUGAGCAGCUUGGUGUAAUUCGGCUCGAAGGAUGACCAACUCGGGGGCAAUCGAAACCCUGGAACAUCUUAUCUGCAAUUGCCCGGCUCUCUCACGAGCAAGAAGAAGAUACCUCGGUGCCCCAGUACUGGCAUAACUAGAAGACGCCUCCAGCAGGAAACCAUGCGAACUUCUUGCCUUCGACAAAAACACCCAUAUCCUUGUGGACAUAAAAACCUCUUAACUAAUCUUAAGGUUCAUACACAUCAACAGGACAGUGAGUGCCGUCCGGGUUAACCUAACCUAAUAUAAUUAUUUAAAACUCUAGUUUUUGUAGAAACGAAAAAGUUUUUGGUUAUAUUAUAUGUUAUUAAAUUAGCAUCGAUGAAAAAGCAA